UCUAUAUAAUAGUUCGAUUUUCUUUCAUUCUCCAACCUAAAUAAAAAUUCUCUCUUAUUUUCUUUUCCUCGCCGAUCGGUUUUGCUUUCCUCACCGUGGUAAUCUCUCUCUGACAGUCUUUUUCAUCUUCUGAAAAUCGCGAGCUGGGAAAAGUUUCUCUCCGGUUGUUGCGAUUCUGAAGCUGCCUUUCCAAGAGUUGAACCUUUUCUCGCCGCGUUAGAUUUCAGUGUCUUAUUAGGGUUUAGGAAAGGGAGAGGAGAGAAUUAGAAUCAAUUGGCCUCUUCAGUUCAAUGACGAGCAGUUGGAAGAGAACACUUGGAAAUGUCAGGUCGUUCGUGGGGAAUUCCAUGGGAGGUUUAAGAGGAGGAAGUAACUUUGCUUCGUGGGUUGUUGCCGGUACUUUGGCCUAUUUUCUAUGGGUCAAGCCGUCUCAGGAUCUCAAGCGCCAGCAAGAGGAAAGAGCUGCUCUUGCUGCUUUGGAACCGGAUCCUCAUCGUUAUAUCGAGAAGCGUAAACCUAUUCCUGAUCCUCAGGACAACGGUUUGAUAUAUGGAAAGAAGAAGAAUGUAGAUAAUGAAAACUAGGAAUGAGUCCGUUAGUUUUGCUUAAGUUUGUGAAUUUGUAAGUUCAACUAAUUUUUGAAUUUUUUUGUUAAUUCCAAAUUUUGAUAUAAUUAAGCAAUGUUGCAGAGUUGAUGGUUAUGGUGCUUGUUAUGAAAUUAAUAGGCAAUAUCACGUGUUCAAAUG